GAUUUCCUUUUUUUUAUUAUUUCUGAGAGGAGAGAAAAAAAAAUAUAAAAUUUUUUUAUAGAAAUGAAAUGAAUUUUUUUAAAAAAAUAUAAAAAAAUUAUUUAAAACAUUUUAGUGGAGCAACAAAAAAAUAAGGAAAAUAAAAAUUGUGAAAUUAUUGUGAUGAGAUAAAAAAAUAAAUUUUUGCUUUGAAUUUUUUGAUAAAUUCCGGCAGUUUAAAAAAAAGAAAAUAAUCACAAUGAAAGUGAAUGUAUUCAGGAGAUCAAUCAAAGGUAUCAACAAAGUGCUCAGAAACAGUCUCAAAAGUGCAAAGAAAAGAAUUUGCAAACUAUUUUAAAUUCGAGAAAAAGUUUAAUUAAUUGAAAAAAGGAACUAGUUGGAUUUAAACAGACUUAAUAUUAAGAAUUGCGAAAAAAACAUGCGAACGUGGCUUUUUGUCCUUGCGGUGCUGGCGACAUUCAAUGGACAGCACGUCGCUAGCACCGAGGAAGUAAAGUCUUCUUCUUCAUUAAUUUACACAACUUCAUCUUCAUCAUCGUCGUCAUUAUCGUUAAAAUCAUUAACAAUGAAAUCAUCAUUAGAUUCCUCAUCAUUAGACAGUAAUAGUAAUAGUUUAGAUUUAAGUAAUAGUAUAGAAAAUGAUAAUUAUCAUAGAGGUGAUAAGCCUGAUCCUCAAACGCUAGUCCAAAUUGAGAAGAAUCUUCUAUCGCUCUUUGGCUUCGAGAAGAGGCCCAAAGUUGAUAGAUCAAAAAUUGUGAUCCCAGAAGCUAUGAAAAAACUCUACGCCCAAAUAACGGGUCAUGAAUUAGAGACAGAACUAGAUGCACCAAAGGCAGAUUUAAAUAACAGAGAAGCCAAUACAAUAAGAAGUUACACACACGAAGAAAGUAAUGUGGACAAUCGCUUCACAUAUCACAAUAGAUUUCGUCUCUUUUUUAAUAUAUCAAAUAUACCCGACAAAGAGCGACUGAGGGACGCAGAAAUCACAUUUAAUCGUAAUCAAAUCAAAAAUGUGAAUCAUGUAAGACAUCAAAUUGAUGUUUUUGACAUUGUGAGACCGGGAAGGAAACACAAAAAUCGUAAGCCAAUAUUCAGAUUGGCUGAUACAAAGAUAGUCAGUAUAAAUGAAACUGGAAGUGUAAGUCUUAAUGUAAUGUCAGCCGUGCAGCGCUGGCUUCGUGAACCAAAGCGUAAUCAUGGCGUCUUAAUUCACAUAUCAAGUAUAGAUGAUAGUAAUUCAAUAAGAAUUGAUGACUCAAUCAAUUUGCCAUCACAUCAACACAUUAGACUUAGAAGGAGUAUAGAUGAUAGUCCUGAAGUUUGGGCACAAGCACAGCCCAUAUUAUUUACUUACACCGACGAUGGACGAUACAAACAGCGUUCAAUUCGGGACGCAAAUCGUUCACGACGAGCACCAGGUGGACGAAAGAAUCAUCGAAGAAAAAAUAAUCACGAUAUAUGUCAACGAAGACCAUUAUAUGUCGAUUUUAGUGACGUAGGAUGGAAUGAUUGGAUUGUAGCACCACCAGGUUACGAGGCAUUCUAUUGUCACGGUGAAUGCAAUUUCCCAAUUGCUGAUCAUCUUAAUACAACAAAUCAUGCAAUUGUACAAACUUUAGUUCAUUCAAUUAAUCAUAGUUUAGCACCGAAAGCUUGUUGUGUACCAACACAACUAUCAUCAAUCUCGAUGCUAUAUUUGGAUGAUCAAAAUAAAGUUGUACUGAAAAAUUAUCAAGAUAUGACAGUAGUUGGCUGCGGUUGCCGAUAAAUAAUAAAUAUAAAUAAUGAUAUAUAGCAAAUGAAACCAGUUUAGCUCGUCUGGAGAGUCUACAAAGAUAUACAUAUGUAAUAUACAUGAAAAAAUAUAAAAUAUAUUAAAUUUAUUCAUACGGCAAUGCGCGCAUUUGCUGCGUAAUAGAAUCCGUACUAAAAUGUGCCUAUAUUAAAUGUCAACAAGUAUUUUGAAACUGUGCCUUAAUUAUUAUUCGAGAAAACUUAUUGAAUACUCAAAGAAAUAUUCUUCAUGAGAUUUUUUUCAAUUAUCAAAUUUUUGUAAGAAACAAAAAAAAGCGUUAGGAGAGGAUCAUACUGUAGAAACAAACUCUUGUAUAUUUUUUUAAUUUGUAUAAAAGGACACAAAAAAUGCAAGAAACAAAUAAAAUAUUUUUAUAUUGUGAAUACUAUCUGCUUAAUGACUUAGACUUAGGAUCCAUGUAAAUAUUAAUUAUAGUAAGAAUAAGAACAAUUUUUAACUGAUAUGAGGAAAAUGUAGAUUGUAAUGUAAAUUAAAUACAAAAACAUUUUGAUCAAAGAAUGAAUUUCUAUUUUUUUAAUGUAAAAGAACAUUUAAAUCUUGUUGGUGGAAUCGAUUGAGUUAGAAAAUCUGGAAAGUUAUGCACUUAAUGUUGCUGAAUUCAGCUAAAUGCAGCUGAAUAGAACUGAAUUAAGCUCAAUUCAACUUUAUAGUUUUAAAUUUAAUUUCUCUUAAGCUGAAUCCAGCUAAAAAUGUCAUAAUCAUGUUGAGUUCAGCUAAACGUGUCCUAAUAAUGCUGAAUUCAGCUAAAUAUGUCCAAACCUUAUUCAAUCGAUUUCAAACAAAAUUACUGAAUUAUAAUAUAGAAAAAUUUUCGUAUAUUUGAAAACCAGUGUUUGAAAAUCACAAAAAUUGAAAAAAAUAAAAAAGUUUUCAUUUUGAAAAAUAAAUCAGAAAAUUUUAUUUCUUGUACCAAAAUUACUUUUCUUUAGAGAAUUAAAAAUUUAGAUUUUGAGGUGACUUUUAAUGAUCGAAUUUAAGAUUAAAUGACUCCAGCUUGUAAUUUUUAAAAGUAUUGUUUUAUUCUCAGUCGAUCAUUAAUUAAGCUCAAUUUCAAAUCAUAAGGAACAAAUAUUAAUUAUUGAAAGGAAAAAGCUAUAAAUGGUACAACAACUUAUCAAUUUGUACAGUUUAAGAUAAUAAUAUUAAUAAAUUGUGAAGCAAUUAUAUUUUGUAAUAAAAUGGCAAAGUAUGUAUUUAUUCAAAGAAGAUGAAGCCCUAAAAAAUC